AAAAGUAUAAACGUCAAAUUAAAAAGUAAAUAUUCGUAUUUCGAUUUGUAGGUUAUGUUUCGUUUUGCAUAAUUAUUUGAAAAUAUAUUAAAUAUGGCUCAUUUGAUACGCAGAAUAGCGUACAAACAAAAGGCAGUCCUUGCUAGAUACUACAAUAAAAUCGUUAUAACUGACGAUGGAUCCACUAUAGUUGCACUACAUCGUGAACCAGAAUUCCUAUAUGAACACUCAAGGCCUUUACCAGAAGAAAAGAAAGAAGACAAUUCUGUUUUGAAGAUGACCGAUUACAGCGAAGUGAGACGAGUAUUCAACGAAAUGAAACCUGAAGUUGCUAGAAAGCAACUUGCAUCUCUUACUAUGACCACUGAACACAGAUGGUUUCCAAGAGCUAGAGACAAGAAGGCAAAGAAGAAUGAAAUGAACAGGCCCUAUUUGUAAUUGUUUAGUAAUAUUAUUUUAGAAUAGUCGUAAAAUAAAUGCACAUUAUGAAUAAAUA